AUGGUGGCUACUGUCCAUGUCACUGGCGGUCGCAUGCAUCUAGAUCUCUACGAUGUCUGCCAGAGAUACGGGGAUAUUGUGCGCAUUGGACCGAAUGAGCUUGUCACCAGCGAUCCACGCCUCGUGAAACGAAUGCUCAGUGUCCGCAGUCCGUACAAGCGUGCGUACUGGUAUUACGCCAUGCGCUUUGAUCCCAGCCGAGACAACGUCCUGUCCAUGAGAGAGGAUGCACAGCACAACGCGCUCCGCGCGAAGAUGGCCCACGGCUAUUCUGGCAAAGAGGUUGAGAAUCUCGAGUCUUGCAUCGAUGGGAAUGUUCGGUUACUCAUCCGGCUUAUCGAGAAGUAUGUUGCUGAGAAUAAGGAGUUCGACGUUGGUCGCAAGGCGCAAUUCUUCACUCUCGAUGUCAUCUCAAACAUUGCCUUUGGAAAAGCUUUCGGGUUUCUUAGCAGCGAUUCGGAUCUCUUCAAGUACUGCCAGACAUUUGAAGAGCAGAUGCCCGGCAUCAUCACGACCACCAUCUACCCGUGGCUCGUUAAUGUUCUGCAAUGGCCAAUCAUUAAGAGCGCGAUGCCGUCCGAUAAGGACCCCAUCGGCUUCGGCAGGAUCAUUGGAAUUGCACGACAAGUUGCCGACGAAAGAUAUCGACCCGACGCAAAAGUGCAGAAGGAUAUGCUUGGCUCAUUCAUAGCCCAUGGCCUCUCACGUGAGGACGGCGAGUCUGAGACUCUUCUGCAGAUCAUCGCCGGAUCGGACACGACAGCCACGGCUGUGCGUGCUACAAUGCUAUAUGUCAUGACAAACACACGUGUGAUCAACGCCCUCCGGGCCGAAAUGGAGUCUCUCGGAACAGUGACGUCGGAAUCGAUCAUCAGCGACGCCCAGGCGCGCACGAUGCCCUAUCUUCAAGCAGUCAUCAAGGAAGGCCUGCGUAUUCAUCCGACCGUCGUAGGCUUACAGCCCAAGGAAGUGCCCGCCGGCGGCGACGUAUGGAACGGAGUCGCGCUGCCUGCAGGGACUGACAUCGGUAUUUGCUACUGGGGCUUCAUGCGGCGACCAGAGAUCUGGGGAGAGGAUGCGGCAGAGUUCCGUCCGGAGCGAUGGCUCGAUUCGCCGCCGGAACGCUUGCGCGAGAUGGAGUCUACAUGGGAGCUGGUAUUUGGGCAUGGGCGGUGGCAGUGUCUGGGCAAGAAUGUCGCGCUCAUGGAGCUGAACAAGGUCUUUGUUGAGCUAUUCCGGCGCUUUGAUUUUGCUUUGGUGAACCCUACUGAUCCAUGGAGAUCAUUUAAUGCUGGUGUUUUCAUUCAGCGUGACUUCUGGAUAAAGGCCUAUCAACGAGAUUAUUAA